CCUCGCAUUUCUGCAACCCUUCUUCCUGGACAAUUGUUUUGAUCACGAGCAUGACGAUCGCUAUGGAUGGUGUGAGCGAUGUGCUGAUGAAGGUGGUGGUGUUUGCGGUAGUUCAAGCUCUGGUGUACCUCAUCCUCACCAAGUCCUCCAAUGUCUUCUCCGCUAAUCAGAAGCUGAGGUCUCUCAGCUUCCGGCCGGCCCGUUCGGUGAGCGUCCGCCGCUUGCUGGCCUUGCUCUCCGACAUGCCUCCCGGCGGUGAGACCUCGCCCUCAUCCUCGUCGAGGUCUCUCGCGGAUGAUUCAUCGUGGACCGACCGCAAAGGUUGAUACAAUCCUGGGGGAGAUGAAGAUAAGUUUUCGACGACACAAACAACCGAGAUUUACUAUGAUGAUGAUGAUGAUGAUGAUGGAUCUAGUGGAUUUACGACGAGAUUGUUGCUGCUGUAAUUAUGAUUCAUUCCUGUGCUUCUACUGAUCAGAUGCCAGAUUAUAGGCCACUGUUUGGAGAUUGUUUUAUUACUUUUGUAUCUUUGUUGAAUGUCACUUGAAAUUAUGGUCGAUUUCUAAUCUUUCGAUCUUAACUAUUUGUUGAAUUGGUCAA